GAUACAUCCUGUCACACUCAUUUCUCCCAUCAUUUUUCCCUUUUUUACUUUCCUGAUGUCCAGAGUCUGCCUGGAAGUAUUGACAAAGCCGUGGAAUACCUGAAGAGACGUUUGUCCAGCCUCACCAACCCAUAUGCUGUAGCCAUGUCGUCAUACGCCCUGGCCAACCAAAACCAACUGAACAGAGAGAUCCUCUUCAAUUUUGCUUCCCCAGAGUUGUCCCACUGGAAUGUUCCUAAAGGACGUGUUUAUACAUUAGAGGCCACAGCUUAUGCUCUUCUUGCUCUGGUCAAGGCCAAGGCCUUUGAAGAUGCUAGACCUAUUGUGAAAUGGUUCAACAAACAGCAGCAGGAUGGUGGAGGCUAUGGCUCAACUCAGGCUACUAUAACAGUGUACCAGGCUGUAGCAGAAUAUUGGUCGAAUGCUAAAGAACCAGAGUAUGAUCUGAACGUGGACAUCCAUUUGCCUGGCAGGGCCAAGCCAGAUAAGAUCAGCUUCAACAGGAACAACUACCACACGACCAGAACAUCAAAAAUCAAUGAUAUAAACCAGGAUGUUAAAGUGACUGCGACAGGAACUGGAGAAGCAACACUGAAGAUGGUGUCACUGUAUUAUGCUCUGCCGACGGAAAAAGAGAGUGACUGUCAGAAGUUUAACUUGUCAGUGGAGCUUAUUCCAGAGAAAAUGGAUGAGAAUGAGGCGAUAUACAAACUGAGAAUAGAAGUCUUAUAUAAGGACAAGGAUCACGAUGCAACUAUGUCAAUCUUGGAUAUUGGCUUACUAACCGGCUUCACUGUCAACACAAAUGACCUGGACUUAUUGGCCAAAGGACGCGCCCGUACCAUUGCAAAAUAUGAGAUGGACACAGUUCUGUCAGAGAGAGGUUCACUGAUCAUCUACCUGGACAAGGUUUCUCACACACGAUCAGAGGAGAUCACUUUUAGGAUCCACCAGACUCUGAAAGUGGGCGUCAUGCAACCAGCGGCUGUAUCUGUCUAUGAAUAUUAUGACCAAACACAGUGUGUGAAAUUCUAUCAUCCAGAGAGGAAAGCUGGGCAGCUGCUGAGGCUCUGUAGAAAUGAAGAAUGCACAUGUGCUGAAGAGAACUGCAGCAUGCAGAAGAAGGGUAAAAUCAGCAAUGAUUUACGCACAGCUAAACCCUGUGAGAGUACACCUGACACCAAAAUAGAUUUUGUUUACAAAGUGAGAGUGGAAGACUUCACAGAUGGUUUGUCCACUGAUAUUUACACAAUGCGGAUAAUGGAAGUGAUCAAAGAAGGAAAUUAUGACGUUGGUCCCCAGGGUAAACUACGUGCAUUCCUCAGUUACCCUCACUGCAGGGAGGCUUUAGAUCUGGGUAAAGGGAAAACGUAUCUCAUCAUGGGCACAUCAAAGGAUAUUCACAAGGACCAAUCGUAUCAGUAUGUGCUCGGUGAGAGAACCUGGAUCGAGUACUGGCCCACAGACGCAGAGUGUCAAAAGGAUGAACACAGGCCAACAUGUUUGGGCUUGGAGGAGAUGGUCACGCAGUACACUCUCUUUGGAUGUCCACUGUAGUACAACAGCAGAAAAUCCACUGUCUUUGUUUCUUUUUAGUUUUUACAUGUGUUAUGCAAAACCUUAACUGUUAUAAAAUGUAACAGAUCAAAAGGUUACUCUGUGUGGAAUAAACUGUAAAGUCUUCAUCUAA